UAUAAAAACCAGACCCAUAAUACACACUGUUUUCGGGUUUCGUUUCGAAGGCAGCACCGCACUUGUUCUGCUCCGCCGCGAUUGCAAUCGUUUCCACUCCCGCCGCUGAUGGGUUUCUCAAAGGAACAGCUUCUUGCGCGGUUAAAGGAGCUUCAGGUUCCAUUUUCCCAGUAUGAGCAUCCUGUUGUUUUGACCGUCGACGCUCAGGCUCAAUAUGUUGGACAUUUGGGGGGUGGCCUCAGCAAGAAUUUGUUUCUCAAGGACAAGAAAAGCAGGUUGUAUAUUGUUUCUGCUUUAGCUGGUACCAAAGUAGAUCUCAAAGUGUUAUCUCAGCGGCUUGGUUUGGGAAAAGGUGGUCUCAGAAUGGCACCUGAGGAGGCUUUAGGUGAAGUACUUCAGGUACCCUUGGGUUGUGUCACUCCAUUUGCACUUGUGAAUGAAUCAGCACGAGAUGUUUCACUGCUAUUGGAUCAAGGGUUCAAGUCUCAGAAGCACUGCUUCUUCCAUCCACUGUCGAAUGACAUGUCUAUAUCUCUAAAUGCAUGUGAUCUUGACAAGUUUCUUAAAUCAAUUGGAAGAAAUCCAUCAUACGUUGAUUUGGAGGUUAGUAAAUUUAAGACCAAUCCUACAGUGGGGAAAGAUCAACCCCCUGAUCUAGCUGCACUAGUUCCAUCUGGUUCCAUAGUUUUACCCGAUCAACCCCAAAAACAAUCUUCUUCACAGGUUCCUAAGGAUGCAAACCAUGUUUCUGUGGAUAAUGGAGCCAAUACAGUUUCAGCUAAAGUUGUCAAGCCAUCCUCUGGUGGGAAAAAUACAAAGGGGACACCAGCAAAAAAUGUUAAUUCAUCAGGCUCCUUUGCAGAUGCUGGGCAAUUCGUUGAAGAGAUAUUGCAAAAAACAUCACAAUUAUUGCUUUCAGAGGUCAAGGACGAAAAUAUAAAGUUACACGGGGAGCAGCUCGGUACUGUGUUAUCUGACAAAUUACAGAAAAACCUCAAUGCAGAGUUCAAGAGCCUUGCUAUGAUAUUUAAGAACACAGCAUAUACGGAAGGGUUCCAUGCUGGUACUCAUUACAGGCCCCCGCUCAUGUGAAGCACAGGAUGAUUUACGAUUUGCUGCCAGGAAAGUAAAAGAGGAACCAAAAUUUUAACUCUAGUUGUUCAAUGUUUAGUUUGUGAUAACACACCAUGCAUUGUUUGAGCAUUCAUAUAUAUUCUGGGAAAUGUUUGUUAUAGAAUAGAUGAUUUGAAACGAUUUGAUCAAUGAAAAAAAGUCAACAUUAAGUCGGUCAUUUGAAAACAA